AUGGAUGAACACUCCUUCACGCUGCCAGGACCUGCUGUAGAGAAGCGGCAGAUCUUUGAAAAAGAGGGACCUGAGUUCCCUUGGAAGCGCCCUGUCCCUGUGGACAAAUACUAUGAAGCUCUGCUCGCAGGAAACCUCAAGGUGCUCCAAGCCCUAAUGGACCAGUACUGUGCAGAUACUGGUGUGGUCUUUGAGAUCAACACAAAUGAGCUGGAAUGGCAAGUGAAGAGCCACGCUGCUUUCGGACUGUCAGGCCUUUGGUCCCUGGAAUACAAGAGGACUCUGACCAACCCACUUUGCAUCUCAGCCAGCCACGGACAUACUGCCUGUCUUCGUCACUUGCUAUUCCGGCGGGCAGACCCCAACGCAGCCCCUGGAGGACGGAGUGCCCUGCAUGAAGCCUGUACUGGGGGGCACACAGACUGCGCGGAGCUGCUGCUGGAACACAAGGCCAAUCCCAACCUUCUGGAUGAGGAUGGACACGCACCUCUGCACCUCUGCACCAGCCAGAACACAUUAGGGUGUGCCAAAGCUUUGGUGAGAUUUGGUGCCCUGGUGAACCUGCCAAGUGAAGAGAGCCAAGACACACCUAUCCACUUAGCAGCUAAGCAUGGCCUUUAUGAGCAUGUGCAUCUGUAUUUGAGGUAUGGUGCCACUGUGGACAAGAAGAACAGCCUGGAAGAAACAGCACUCAGUGUAGCUUGUGGAGAAGCAAAGAAAGUAGAGGACCAAGAGAGAUAUUUGCAAGUAUGCAAGCUGCUGCUUACAUAUGGGGCAGAAGUAAACACUGUGGAUGAAGAAGUCAAGACCCCACUUCACAAAGCCUCCAGGAAUGCUCACCAUGGCUUGGUCCAGCUCCUGUUGCAGUGGAAAGCGGAUGUCAAUGCAAUAGAUUACAAUGGGGCAUAUCCAAUGUCCUCCAUCCUACAGGCUGCUGCUUUUAAGCAGGAGAUGAGACCGUACCUCACAGUGCAGACCUUGCUAAACCAUGGCUCUCAGAAAAUAUGGCCUACAGCCUUUGUCAAGGUGCUGAAAUCUUGUGCUUCAGUGCCAGAGAUCAUUGAAAUCCUUUCCAAUUCUUAUUCUCAUUUGCCCAUCUCUGAAAAGUGGGUGGAAGUUAUUCCAAAAGAAGAAUUUCAGAAGCACCUACCUUUCUAUGAGUCCUUCUUCCGUCAGACGUACACAGUCCGGCACCUGCAACAUCUGUGCCGCUGUGCAAUCAGGAGGAGACUGGGUGACAGGUGCCAUUUCCUCAUUCCCUGUCUACCAGUGCCCCAAAGCCUGAAAAACUACCUGCUGCUUGACCCUGAGGGAGUUCUGCUUUGA